UACGACUCAGAUUCUUGUCCAUGUGAGUUCUGUUGGCGUCGGCUGCGAAUGCGAGUAGUAAGGUUGAAAUAGUAAAUGAAGCAGAAACAAAUACUACAAAAUUGACGUUUCACGCGUCCCUGUCUAGCGUUUACGUGUAGUAAUACAUAAAUAUAACGCGUGUGCAAUGUUAGCGUGUCGUCGGCUACUUGCUCUUCGUUCUCAAAGCAAGCUCUUGUCGGCGUGCGCACCGAAUCAAUGUGAAAGUUACAGCACGACCCAAGCUCUUCAGAAAUCGCAAUCAAAGGAGAGGAUCGUGCUCACUGACGAUGGCUCUACUAUUGUCUGCUGGCAUCCGGAACAGGAGUUUCCCUACGAACAUACGAAGCCGCUGCCAAAUAUCAGGCCCAAACUGGAUGAGGCAAACUCUGCACUGAAGCUGCAGUACCGAUUGGAGGAGGCCCAGACGAUUUACAGGAACGAUCGAUUGGAGAUUGAAGCUCUAACAAAAAUGACUUACACCUCCAAGCACAGAUGGUACCCGAACAACAAAAAGAAGUAUGCAGAUCCUAAUCCGCCAAUCGAACGGGAAGGGCUGUGAAUUUCCUGAUCAUUCAGGCCAAUCCCAAAGCAUCACAGAUGCACGGAUGCUCCAUUUGUAUGAUUGUAUAGUCAAACAUAGGUUUAGUUUGCAGACAAUUCAAGUUAUUAAUAAAGCAACAGUCAAAUCAUAC